UAUUGACCGCCAUGGCUACCAUCUUAGAGCGAGCAUUCAAGUCUUUCUUAUCUAAUUCCAUUGCUUACUGAUCUUACUUUAAAUUUACUUUCGAGAAGAGUACCGCACGAGGUUCGAAAAUAUCAAACACAACAUGCCUAAGGGGAGACCACUUUCUUUGCAGACUGUGGAGCUCAAAGUCAGGAUGUGCUGCACUGGCUGUGAAAGAGUUGUCAAAAAUGCCAUUUACAAGCUUAAAGGUAUUGAUUCAGUGGAGGUGGACUUGGAGAUGGAAAAGGUAACUGUAGUGGGAUAUGUUGAUCGAAACAAGGUGCUGAAGGCGGUGAGGAGGGCAGGAAAGAGAGCAGAAUUCUGGCCCUAUCCGAAUCCGCCAUUGUACUUCACAUCAGCUAAUCACUAUUUCAAGGACACAACUAGUGAGUUCAAAGAGAGUUACAACUAUUACAAGCAUGGCUACAACCUUGCAGACAGGCAUGGGACCAUCCCGGUGAGCCACCGGGGAGACGACAAGGUCAGCAACAUGUUUAACGAUGACAACGUUAAUGCCUGCUGUCUCAUGUAGCUAGCUAGCUAGCUAUAUGUAUCUUCAAGUUCCAAGUGUGUACGUAGCUAUUGGGAAAGGCUUGUGUGUAGAAUCUAGGUGAGAUUUUAUUUGUAUGAGGAUGGCAUGUAUCAUCAAUUGUUCAUCCUCUUAUCUGUGAGCCAUGGAAAAGUUUGUGUGUUGCUUUGUAUGUUCUGGUGGUAUGGUAUGUUCUGGUGGUAUGGAAUAUAUUCAAUGGAACAGCUAGCUUCAUGCGCUUGUUUUCAUGCCACUGUAUUAUCUAUCAUUGUAUAAAAAGAUGUCCAUAUCAAAUAAUUCUGCCUUCUAGUUCAAAUUCCAA